GAACAUCAACCCCAUUUUCUUUCUUCCCCAACAUAAUUGGAUUGUUCUCCCUUUCAGGACAUUGCUGAUCAAUCAAUUCAUAUCGAUCAGUUGCUUUUGUCUCAGCAAGCCUUUCUACGUCGAGCUAAUUCGUUAUUGUUGAAUCUGACGAACCAGUUUUAUGCAUUGAUAUGGAGGGAACUGCAUUUACCGGUCCUUUGGAAGAAUUGAAGCAUGUCAAGUCCGAAGAAGGAGAAAUACUGACCAAACCCUUCAUUGAUGUUUGCAAAAUGGUGUUACCUCUUAUAGACAAGUUUGGUGGUGCUCUGGCAGCAGUGAAAUCCGAUGUUGGCGGAAAUCUCUCGAGAAUGGAGCGGAAAUAUUUGUCGAAUCCUUCUGAAUUCAACCUUUUGUACAGUAUGGUCCGUGCAGAAGUUGCAUCCAAAACAGCAAAAUCAUCCUCUAGUUGCACCAACGCGCUUCUUUGGUUGACGAGGGCCAUGGAUUUUUUGGUGGAACUGUUUCACAACCUGCUCGAUCAUCCGGACUGGUCGAUGUCGCAUGCCUGCAAUGAUGCCUAUGGCAAGACUCUGAAGAAAUGGCAUAACUGGCUUGCUACUUCAAGCUUCUCUGUUGCAAUGAAGCUUGUUCCAGACAGGAAAAAGUUCCUGGAAGUGAUUGGCGGUUCGGGUGAUCUCGAUGCUGACAUGAGGUCGUUUUGUGAGAAGUAUGGUCCUCUUCUUCAGGAAAAUCACAAGUUCUUGGCGAGUGUCGGUCUAGAUAAUAUGAAGGGCAAUUGAUUGGAGAGCUUCAAAUGGUGACCCCGCUCAAACUCUUCUUCAUCUUUUCUUGUUUGAAUUAGACGAAUGACUAUCCAAUAUAAUGUAAAGAUAUAUUCCCUAGAGAUUAAGCGUAUCUUUCGUUCCUUGUUGACCCUUUUCGGGGUUUAAAGUUCAUUCUCCUAGUAUUUGGCCAU